AUGAUGAUGAUAAUAAUCGCAUUGCUCGGCGUGCAAAUUGCUCCAAUUUUUCUCAUUUUUCAGCACUUCCUCGUCAUUCUUGAGUGCUUCUCGCAAAUUCUUGCCGUCGUCGUUCAACUCGCUCUGAUUCUCGCUUCCGAAUGGAUGCCGUCGUGCUCGUUCGUCGACGCGUGCUUCUUCAUCUUCUCGUUGGGUCUCACCACGAAAAUGCUGCUCGACGCCGCGAAUUUGGGUAAAUUCCGACAAUGA